UAACAUAUGCUUAACAGCGACGUAACAGAGGUCCUGAUUUGGAUAUCCUUUUUAUAGGACCUGUCUGCGGUUGGACGCUUCAGUGCGGUGUUAACUUUCGUGCGGUUCGUUUGGCAAGCACAACGGAAAAACGUCUCAAUUAGUAUCCUAUCAGUCGAUUUGUGGCAACAAGUGUCCUUCGAGGAUGUGUGUGAGAAGCUCACUGGGCAGUGUGAUUUUAAUUUACUUUGUCAUCUUGCUCCGUUUGGUCAACGUGGUCCUGGCCCAGAACAAAGGGAAUAUGUCGGUAUCGACGGUGGCCACCGGCGAGGAGUGCGGCAGCACGCAGAAAAUGGUGGACGAGUGCUUCAAGGAUCUGCCGCCGCAUCUAAUGGACUUCCUGCAGAACACGAAAAUCGUCAUCAGCAAAAAGGAGAUCACCUCCAAGUGCAACAUAUUCAACCGUGGCAUGAGGUGCUUCGAUACUUACUCCAAGCGUUGCCUGGACGAUCGAAAGCUGGGCACGUUUAAGAAUAAUGUGGAGGGAGCUCGGCGAUUUUUCUACAAGUUCUGCGGCGACGCCGACUUUCAGCGUGACUAUCUGAGGCACAAGGACUGCUUUGCAUACAUCCAACUGGACUGGGUCACCUGCACGUCCGAAUUCGAGAAUAUCCUUAGUGAAGAGGUGCACGAUGAAAGGCGCAAUGCCAGCGAAAAGUUCCUCGAAUUCUGCUGUGCCCGCUACGCGUACGAGAACUGCAUCUACAACAGUGCCCGCUACAAGUGCUACAAGAACUCGGCGGAGUUUGCCCGCGAGACGGCCAAAAUGCUGUCGGAUGAGAAGCACUUCAGGAACUGUGCCGUCCUCCAGAACAUCUGUGCCCACGACGCCGCCGUGGCAUUGGCCCAGUGGCACUGGAUGGCGACGCCGAUGAUGCUGCUCCUGAUGCGGCUGGUGGUGCGGAUCUGGGCGUAAAUCGAUGUGCGGCCAAUCUGCAUAGUUUGCUAGUGCGAUGUGAUGUUGGGGCUGCGGUUGCGGUCCGAGCUUGGGUUUUCUUAGUUUUCAUUGGUUUUUUUUUCAUUGCUUUUUGGUUUUAUCCUUUUUGGAUUGUAGUUGUCCCUACGAGAAUGCCAAGCAUUUGAGCUCCCUUUAGUAGCCCAUCGAUAUGAAGAAAAAUGAAACUUCCUCUCUACGUGUCUGUGAAUUUUCCGGUGUCGUUUUUUUGGGACGAGUUUGCUGGGCGGGCGGGUUACUGGGUCGGAUAGCGGCACUGGUUUUGUGUUUUUCGCUAAGCUAAGCUAACUUAAAUGCAUAUUUCAAAUAAAGGAAUAUUCACGUUGUACUCGCCCUAUGGUUUUACUGUUCAUGGCCCCUUCAAAACGCUGUGUCAAUCGCAUACCCAGUGCUUCAACUAGUCCUGGUUGGCCACAAAAAUUAUAUUUUGCACGGAUGAAGCAACCGCAGGUGGGUAGGACAAUGAGAAUGCUGCUUACAACGAAUAUCGAAGGUGGCACACAGAUACAGUACGAGUUUUGCAAAGUAUUUCAAUAACCCGGCAAACACCUGACGCAGAAACUCUUGAAAUGAAAACUCAAAUCGAACUUCAAAUGGCACAAUAUUAUAUAAUGUUUCUAUUACCAAUGCAAAAGGAAAAAUGUAAAGGA